UUUCUCUCUCUCUCAGAUAAAGGGAGCAAACAGACUCCACCCCCUCUCUCACCCCCCUCUCCCUCCCUCCCUCUCCUGCUCUUUCACACACACUCACUCUAUCUCCCUCUUUCAUGCUCUCUCCCUCCCUCUCUCUCUGUCAGUGUCAUUCUGUAGUGGAGAUGUGGAGUGUCUUUCUGUCUCUCUGUCUGUUUUUCCAGCCUAAUUCAGCUGAGGAAGUGAUGCUGCUGGACACAACAGAGUCUACCUCAGAGCUGGGCUGGACCACCUAUCCAGACACAGGGUGGGACGAGGUCAGUGUUUUGGACGAUCGGGGAAAACUCAUACGAACCUUCGAGGUCUGCAAUGUCAACCAAAAUCCUCGUCUUCAAGACAACUGGCUGGCGACACCCUUCCUUUACCGCCACUCUGCUCCACGGGUGUUUGUCACGUUGCGCUUCUCUGUGCGUGACUGCGCCAGCCUGCGAUCACCAUCACCCUCAUGCCGAGAGACACUCACUUUGUUCUAUAAACAGGCCGACUCCCAGAGAGAGCUGGAGAGGACCUGGGCAGCUGAGCCAUCCUCCGGAGAAAAGGAUACCAGGGAGGGCUGGGUGAAGAUUGACACCAUUGCAGCUGAUAAAAGUUUUUCCAAAGUAGAGCCCAGUUCACCUCACCAGUAUCAACCCAACAGAUACAGCCGAAUCAACAUCAAGACACGCAGCUUUGCCCCACUCACUCGCAAAGGAUUUGUCCUGGCCAUUGUUGACAGUGGAGCUUGCGUUUCCCUCAUGGGUGUCUCCAUUUUCUACCGCCGCUGUCCAGCCACCAGUCUCUACCUGGCAUCCUAUCCACCCACUCCCUCAGGAGCUGAGCCAACUGCCUUAGUCCCCGUGAGCGGGACAUGCGUCCCCAACAGUAAAGCCCAGGGUGGCCCACCCCCUCGUAUGCACUGCAACGCUGAGGGGGAGUGGAUGGUUCCUGUGGGAGGAUGUGUCUGUGAUGAAGGCUAUGAGCAGAACCUCAAUGGAUCUGCCUGCCUGGCUUGUCCUGUGAGCUACUUCAAGUCUGUUUCAGGCUCUGUCCCCUGCUCAGUGUGUCCUGCUAACAGCAGAACCAGCCAGGAGGGAGCCAAGGUGUGUGAAUGUCGCAGCGGCUUUUACCGGGCAGCCAAUGACGCCAACUCCACUGCCUGCACAACUCCCCCAUCUGCGCCUGUCUCUCUGUCCUGGGAGUACGAAAGCGGCGAUGGUGGCGUUUCUCUAAGGUGGCGCCCUCCUGUGGACAUGGGAGGCCGCACGGAGGUGUGGUACGGGGUGGUGUGCCGCAUCUGCCCCUCAGCCACCUUCACCAACCCAGCGUCGUGCUCCUGGUGCGGGGAAGGUGUCACCUUCAGCCCCUCCCAGACGAAUCUGAAACAAACCAAGGUCACCCUCAACAACCUGCUGACCAGAGUCACUUAUCUCAUACAGGUGCAAGCCAUGAAUGAGGUGUCAGCGUUGAGCCCUUUUCCGGCUCGAUACACAAGCAUCAAUUUCACUACAAGCCAGUCAGUUCCCAGUACAGUUCCCAUGAUGCACCAGCUGAGCCGAGCACCGGACUCCAUCACCCUUUCCUGGCCUCAACCGGACAGACCCAACGGUGACAUCUUGGAGUACCAGCUCAGAUAUUUUGACAAGGGUUCAGACGUGGACAGUGCAGGGAGUGUUUUCAGUGAGACCAACACAGUGACCGUCGGCUCCCUGAUCCCCGGCUCCAUCUAUGCCUUCCAGAUCAGAGCUCGAAACGAGCGAGGCUUUGGCCCUUACAGCGACACCAUCUACUUCACUACACUGCCUCUGGAGGAGCAUUCGCAGCAGAUCCAGAACAGACUUCCUCUGCUGGUGGGCUCAGUGAUGGGUGGAGCAGCUUUUCUUCUGGUGGUGGCAGCGAUUGUGGUUGUGGUGGUAUUUCGCAGUAAGAGGAGGGAGAGCCCAUACAGUGACAGACUCCAGAGGUACAUCAGCAACAGAGGUGGAGUGAAGUAUUAUGUCGACCCCUCCACUUACGAAGACCCCAGUGAGGCUGUCAAAGAGUUUGCGCGUGAAAUAGACGCAACUCAUCUCAAGAUUGAGGAGGUGAUUGGUGCAGGUAUGUUUGGUUCCUCUAUCUCUGAAAUCAUUUGCAGAUAUGUGUUAAGUGUUAAAUAUCAAUUAAACCUGCUCCUCUUCUCUACUCCAGCUCAGUUUGGGGAGGUUUCUCGAGGCCGCUAUAGGCCGUUGGGCCGCAGAGAGGUGCUAGUGGCGGUAAAGACAUUACGCUGGGGGGCGUCAGACAGAGAGAAGGGGAUGUUUCUCAGUGAAGCAGGGGUGCUGGGUCAGUUUGACCACCCUAACGUGCUGAAACUGGAGGGUGUCAUUACUCGGACCCCCCCUGAGAGGAUCAUCACUGAGUUCAUGGAGAACGGUCCCCUGGAUGCCUUCCUCAGAGUGAGAUCACUUCUGUUUCUGUCACGAUGUUGGAGACUGAGCACAUUUAAUUUCAUUCUGACACCCCUCCUCUCCUAUCCUCCUCUUUUCUACCUCUAUCAUUUCGUAUUCCAGGAAAAUGAAGGCCAGUUCAGCGUCCUGCAGCUUGUUGGGAUGCUAAGGGGAAUCGGUGCAGGGAUGCGUUACCUCUCUGAGAGAAACUUUGUCCACAGGGACCUGGCAGCCAGGAACGUGCUGGUUAACUCCAACCUGGUCUGUAAAGUGUCUGACUUUGGCUUGUCCCGUCUCAUGAGGGGCCUGGACCACAACAUACCCACUUACACCGCCUCACUGGGCAGUAAGAUUCCCGUACGGUGGACGGCACCAGAAGCCUUCCAGCAUCGUAAGUUCAGCUCGGCUAGUGAUGUCUGGAGCUUCGGGAUACUUAUGUGGGAAGUGAUGUCAUAUGGAGAGCGUCCAUACUGGGACAUGAGCAAUCAAGAGGUGAUGAAGGCAGUAGCAGACCAGUACCGCCUCCCCGCCCCCCAUAACUGUCCCGCUGCCCUGCACUCUCAGAUGCUCCAGUGCUGGCAGGCAGAAAGAGGGGACCGGCCAGGCUUUGACUCGGUCCUGUCCUCUUUGGAUCGGCUCAUCAGGCACCCUGCCUCUCUAAAGGCGGAGCCAACACGAAGCUGCUCUCAGCCACUGCUAAGCCCUACUCCCACAGACUUAUCGGCAGUGGCAACGGUCAGUGAUUGGCUGAAGGCUCUGAGGAUGGAUAGAUAUCAAGAGGAGUUCGAACAGGCAAACCUGGACUCUCUAGACAGAGUCAGCAGGCUCUCUAUGGAUGACGUCCAGAACCUCGGGGUAAACCUGCUGGGACACCAGAGGAAGAUUGUCAGUGCAGCCCAGCAGCUCAGAGCCUAUCUGGCACAAGGGCAGGUGGAGGUGUGAAAUCCACCCACGUCACAGCCUGUGCCAUGGACUUCUAUGUUUUUUUCACAUUCCUCUGUCUGUUGUGUCUGGUUUCUGUAAGUCCUUUUUAAAGGAGCACAUUUAAAGCCAAAAUGAAUCAG